GUCAUGCUUCGCAUCCGGCCGCAUGACUUCCAUAUCAGAAUAUCAGACCCCUUUUCUUGAAGAAUUAAAUCCGAUUGGCAAAUUGUGUUGUUGGAAGCUUCCUUGUCUGACAAAGAUCCAAUCGGAGAGGAUUUUGAACAGGACUUCCGGGUUGAUGUGCGCGUGGGGGCAGAGUUUGCUGGCUGAGUUGAAAAUGCUGUGGUCGGUGUCGCCUGAGCUAGCGGCAGAUCUGGUUCAGGUGACUCCCGUUCCAAUGUGAGGAGGCGUGUGUAUCCCAUGUUGCACUAGUGUCGGUGUGCAAUGCUGGCCUGUCUGCCAGGGCCAGGUGACCUCUUCCAGCUUCUCUCCCACACGCAGAUGAACACUGGACUUCAGAAAUGGGACACUACACAGAGGAUGAGAUCUGCUCAGUAUCCAACCCCCGCGGAAUUGGAUGCUUAUGCUAAGAAGGUAGCCAACAAUCCACUGACCAUCAAGAUCUUCCCCAACAGCGUCAAGGUCCCCCAGAGGAACCACGUGCGCCGCACUGUCAACGGCCUGGACACGUCAGGCCCACGCUACAGCCCGUACCCGCCCUCCCAGGCCAGUGGCAAGACCGGCCUCCUCGCCAUCGUCAAGGUACCCGUCGUCAAGGGCAUCGUCAAGGACUUUGCCGGCAGCCGGGCUCGCCUGCACCCGGAGGUCAUCAUGAACGCCGCCCCACGAGGGCCGUACGCGGCCACCUCCGCCUCGGCUAGCACUUUAAACCUGCACCACCCGCCACCAGGCCUGCAGAGGGCGCCACAGCAGCAGUCGUCUCAGCAGCAGCAGCAGCAGCAGCAGCCGGCAGGGCUGUCACACCCACAGACUCUCCAGCCUCACCCCCAGCAGGGCCCUGCACCACACCAAGCCCUCAGGCACCCUUCCGCCAUGCCCCAGCACGCCCAGGGCCCCAUGCCCCAGCCACAGACUCUCUCCCACCCCAACAUCCUGGGCCACCCAGGCCAGGGGCCCCCUGCUGGUCUGCUCCAACAGCAACAGCAACAACAACAUCAACAACAACAACAUCAACAACAACAGCAGCAACAACAGCAACAACAACAACAACAUCAACAACAACAGCAGCAGCCGCCGCCACAGCAGCAGCAGCAGCACCUUCAUCAACCCCCGCCCGGCCUGCAGCCCACGGGCGGCCGGAAAAUGCCCGACUCAGACGCUCCGCCGAACGUGACCGUCUCUACCUCAACCAUUCCGCUGUCCAUGGCCGGCGGGCUGCACCAGGGCCGGCAGCCCGACCUGAGCAGCAUCGUGCACCAGAUCAGCCAGUUCUGCCAGGCGCGGGCGCAGGCCGCCGGGGCCACCUCCAUGUGCGAGGGCCAGAUCGCCAACCCCAGCCCCAUCAGCCGCAACCUCCUCAUCAGCGCCAGCUCCCGCGUCUCCAUGCUCAACAACAACAACAACAACCACCCCCACCACCAACACCAUCAACAACACCAACAUCCCCACCAACACCACCCCCACCACCACCACCCGGGUGCCCCCCCGGGGCUCAUGCACCCCUCCUGCAUCAUGACGCCCAUGGACAAAGCAGGCCCUCAGGGCCCCGUCGGGGCAGUGCACCCUCCCAACAUGGCAGCCAACAACCGGAUGUCUGUGUACCACAGUGACAUGAAGCCACACCAACAGCACCUCCAGCAGCAGCAGCAGCAGCAGCAGCAAGGUCAGCCACCACCCCAGCAGCAGCAGCAGCAGCAGCAGCAGCAACAUAACCACCAUCAGCAGCAGCUGCGGUCGUGGAAUCAGCACCAGCUGGCCCACCUGCAGCACAUGCCGGAGGGCGGCGGUCACCCUUGCAAGCACCCGCCCCGGGACCCUGGCUUCCCCUGCAAGGGGAGCUACCCGUCGGAGAUGUGCGGGGGCCAGCACUACUCCUUCAAGUCCCUGGUGGACAAGCCUACGCCCUCGCCGCCCGUCAUGAACAACCACAACAACAACGGCAUGCCACCGGGGGCCUUGGGGCCACACUACACCAACGGCCACUACUUCCAUCAUCAUCAACAACAGCAGCAGCAGCAGCAGCAGCAGCAGGCGGUGUGGAGCAGCAUCCUCCCCACACCCAACAGCGACAGCUCCGGGUCGCAGGACCUGGCCGUGCCAUUCCACGGGGUGUCGGGUGCCGCCAACGCUGCCGCCGCCGCUGCCGCUGCUGCAGCCGCCUCCGCCGCCACAGCCAUCGACUGCGGGGGGGUUCACUACCGGCCGGGGGUGGGGGGCUCCUCCUCCUCGUCCGCCUCCUCCUCUGGCCAGACUAAUCUGAUGCAAACGGCGGAUUACUUGGGCGGGGGGGACUUCCAGACGCCCUGCUUCCGAGAUCAGAAUCUCGGGCUGAUGGGAAAGAUGCACAGGCCUCCUGCCCUGGGCAGGCCAGUCCCAGAGGCCCAUGGCCAGCACCCAGGGUACAGAUAAGCUAGAGCCAAGUCUCCACUGCAGUUAGCCAACACAUACAUACACCUUCUGUUAGUCUUAAAAAAGAGGAAGAAAGAAGGAAAAAAGAUUUAAAAACACAAGUUAAAAAGAAGAAGAGUACAGUUAAUAAUGAAUUAAAAUAACAACUUAACUUUAAAAAAGAAUACAAAUACAUUUAACAAGAGCAGUGUUUUCCAUUAUUUUAUUGUCAAUCUUGCAAGUGAUCAAUUUUUCUUUUCAGUUCUGUCUAUCUGUUUUAAUUUACCAGGCACCUUAGUGAAGUGUUGUUAUGUUGCAUUCCCCUCCAUUAUGUUCCUCAAAUCCUUGCCGUAUUGCUCUGUGCCUGAAUUUGAAGUACAUUCGAGAUAUUUUUACUUCAACUUUAUAUGAGCGGUGUCUCCUGAAACGGCAGACUGAAUGCUGAUGUUUUACGUUUGAGGAAUAUGAUGUGUCAGAGUCUAAGAUAUGUUAUGAAUCCACAUCAGGAUUUCCUCUCCGUUUGAAGUUUACAUAUCUCACCUGUCUGGACAUCAAGAAUAGACACUCUUGAUGUUCGCUCCCUGCCUAUAGCUCCCCUUCAACUGAAGAAGCCUUUCCUUUAGUUAUCUGGUCUGUGCAAGAAAAUGUCAGUCAUUGCACAGCUUGAAUUGAAUGAAGGGGCAGGCAUGAAAAGGCCACAUUUUUUAAAAUUACAAUUUUCUUUUUAAUCAUGUAUUUGAGAGAUGGAACAGCUUGAAUCAGGUCCAUGCUGGGUCAUCUCAGUGAAGCGCUAAUUCAUCAGAAUGUUUGAGCUAGCUGAUUUUUUUUUGUUUUUAAAUCAUAUUUAACAUAUUUAUCCAGCAGGGAAUCAACGUGGGAGUGCUUAGUUUUUUGCUCAGAAUGCUGCAACAAAAUACAAAUAAAAUAAAAUUCAGGUGUUCAGGUUCCUGUCACAACUCCCCAAUGCCAACAGACAUGGCAGUAUGACUGUGGAUAUGUUUUCUUUUCCAUUUGCAAAAAUGACAGUGAAAAACACCUUGUCAUAAAACCCUUAGAGGUUGAAGUCCGAUGAUAUAUUGAGGAAUUGGUUUUUUCAUGGGGUGCCAUUUGUACUUGUUUUGUUAGAAAAAAAUACUUGAAUGAGAUGUAAGCAAAGCAUAUACAUAACUACUGAGUGUGCGUUACGUGAUUGUUACUAACUUUAUCUAGAACCUAACCAUGAACCAAAUACGCUCAAUUUAUUGUUUGUUCCACAAGUUGUUAUUUUACACAAGUUAUUUUAGUUUGCUACUGAUUCUUCUCUGAUAUGUGCUUGAAGACACCAAAUUGAUCACUUGCAAGAUUGCUUGUGGGUAAAAUGAAAAGGACUUUUUAAGUUAAAAAGUGAAACAGCAAAUGCAUUGUUUAUUUUAUUGUACACUGGCUUAUCUACUAUACUACUGUAACUUUGAAAAAGUGUACUGAUUGUGUUUGAUUAGUGUAUGAAUGUUGAUCUGAAACUGAAGUGUGUGUGUGCGUGUGUGUGUGCGCGUGCGUGCGUGUGCGUGCGUGCUUGCUUGCGUGCUUGUGUGUGCGUGUGUGUGUGCGUGUGUGCCUGUAUGUGGGUAGAGUGGAUCCACUAACGCCCACACUGUGUUUGCCUCCCUCCAAGACAGCCCUGAAAAAGCCUUAAGUAUUUUGGUCCUUGGACUUUCCUUUGAAAACAAGCAUGGUUAUACUGAAACCUAUAAUGAUAAUGAUUAUGAAGACAACAUAGAAUAUAAAUGAACAGCAGUCGUUUUCUUUUUCUUUUUAUUAAUUGACGCUUUUGUUGAAUAGAAAAAAAGCAAUUCUUUAGAAUUUCUUUGUAAUGAAAAGAAAACAAAAAGCUGAAUAAUAUUUUAUUGUAAUUAUGUUUUAUAGCUGUAUGUAGUUGUCUGGGCUGUAACAGAUCUUUUUAUUCCAAGAUUCAAAGCUUCAGUUUUGCAAUUUGUGACUAUUUAUAAUUAUGAACUUGAUUUUCUUGUUAUUUAAAUCUUUUUUUUCUUUGUUUUGUUCCUUUUGCUGUUGCUGUGAAAUGGAGGAAGGCCCAAUCUCAAGCCUUUCUCAUACGUGUCACUCUGUGGCUGUACGACUGACAUGGAAAGCAAAGUGUGAGAAAGUUGUGCUACUCUUUUUGUAAUAUUGUAAUAAUAAAAUAAAGUUCUAAUUUAUGCUUUCA